AAAAAUAUCACGCAUGCUCAAUGUGUACAAAACAUUUGAAUACAAACAAAGCGACGCGUCCAAAAAUAAAUCCACUUCGAGAAAUUUUUCCAAUAAAUUGAAUUUCCUCCAAAAUGGAACGAAAAGAUGCGUUGAUACACAGCGAAAAGGAACAAGAAUAUUCCUACGCUGGUUACGCUAUAAUGGAAGAUUUGCUGGAGAAAUUGAAAGCUCUAAACUUUGAUAAAGAAUUCACCAACGGGCUGAAGAUGAAACCGAUUCACAGAUAUUAUUUUAUGGUACAAAAAAAUCCCGGAGAGCAAUUUUAUCUUUUUUGUUCGAUUGCCGCCUGGCUUAUUCGCAAAACCGGCGGAAUUUUCGAACAACCCCAAGAAUACGACGAUCCAAACACAACAAUCUCAAAUAUUCUGGAAGUAGUACGUGCUAACGGUGUUGUUAUCGACUUUCCUCCUAAUAAAUUAAAACAAGGAUAUGGUGAAAACAUCGUAUUUGUUUUAAAUCACCUUGCUGAUUCCGCUUUGGAACAUGUUAACUUCCACUGGAAGAAACCCAAACCUCCAGUAGAAGUCGAAGAAGAAGCUGAGAUGAUUGAAGACGAAUCUGAGUUGAUUCUCGACCGCGUAGAGGAGGAAAUGAUGGCUUAUUAUUCCGAUGAUGAAGAGGACGAUCUCGGUUUUAACAUUGAUAAUCUCUCCGCAAGGAACAAAACCACAGCGGAAGUUUUCGAAAUCAACGCGAAUGUUGAUGAAGAAGCCUGGAAGUUGGAAUUGGAGCGGGUUUUACCACAGUUGAAGGUGACUAUCAGUAAUAAUAGUCGUGAUUGGAGGGCACAUCUGGAACAGAUGAAGUUGUAUCGUGGUACGAUUGAUAAUACACUUUCGGGGACGAAGAGUUCGCUGGAGAAGAUUCAUAAGAAUAUUUCCAAUACAUUGGAGAAGGUGAAUAAUAGAGAGAAGUAUUUGAAUCGGGAGUUGGAGCCGACGUUGGAGACGUUUAGGACGCAGCAGGAUCAGUUGUCGAAGGUUAAGGAGAAUUAUGCGGCGAUUAGUGGAGGUGUUACUGAGCGCACCAGGGAACUGGAGCAGUUGAGCGUGCGCUUGGAGUCGCUGAAGCAUGAGAUGGAGGAGAGAGGAAGUUCUAUGACUGAUGGAACUCCACUGGUGAAAAUUAAGAAAGCCAUCACGCAAAUCAAGAGUGAAAUCUCCCAAAUGGACAUCCGUAUUGGUGUUUUACAAUGUUUACUCUUGCAAUCAAAAAUCCAAGAGCGCAAACUCUUAGAAGACGACUUGGGGCAAAGUAUUCAAGCGUUUUAAUUCUGCUUCAAUUCAGUAAGUCUUGCAACUUGCUAAAGCCGUGUGCGGAAUGCAGUUGUUGAUUGUUUCUAAAUAAACAUAUUGAAUUUCUUCAGCUUUAAUAAAACACUAUCACAUUAUAA